CGGGCAGCCGCGCUGCGCUCGUCAGGCUCGGCGGCAUCGGAAAAUCACAGGUCGCGAUCCACCACGCGCACGAAGUCCGACAGGCGUCACCAGAUACCUGGGUGUUCUGGGUGCAUGCAAGCUCUAGGGCCCGUUUCAAGGAAGCAUACCGAAACAUCGCCGACAGACUGCAGCUUCCGGGACAAGAUGAUCCGAAGCGCAAC